AACUAUAAUAUAAUAUUAUAUGAUAAUAUGCGUACGGUCGAAAAUCUAUGUAUACGUUUUUAUGUUUUUCCGCGGCAUCAAAUGCGUUUGUUUCGACGGGAAUUUUUAUGAAAAAUAUCUACGAUUGUUGCAGCCAGUUUGCCACCGGGUUCGAAGAAUAGGCGCCGAAACAAGAUCAUUUUUUGACCAAAUGAUCACUUUUAAACUCACCAUCUUUCACGAAUAUAUAGUUUGAUCAAGUAAAACGAGACCGAUGAUUGCAGUAUAGAAUGAUACACACACACGACUCGUGCGAGCCUAUUAGUCGUAAUUAUUAUUUCGUUGUUUCUUGAUGUUUUUAAGUCAUCGGCAUGGUAUUAUGGUUUAUGCAUAAAUCAUUAGUCAUACUGAAGACACUAUAGGCAUCUGCCCGCCACACGGUCAUUUUUAACAUCGUGCAAGUCGUCUCGCGCAUUUGUUUGAAAAAUCAAAUUGAUUUAAAUUAUUUGUAUGCCUCACCUAAAAUUGAACGUUUCUUAAAUUUUUAGCAAUAUACGACAGGACAGUAUGGUGUAUCGUGUAUGUAUUGGACUGUUAAAGACUUAAAGUAAGUAGGAAAUUCAAAUUUUAAUCGAGUUCGACCGUAUUCGGCGUAUUGCCGGAUUCAAGGAUUUUUUGAUCUUCAGCGCAAAGAAAACGAAGACGACGGCAGUGUGACCAUUUGUUCGGAAACUCGUUUCGGUCUGUCAGCAGCAUUGACCGUGGCCUGCAGCGUGCGUCCGUCAACGAUAAUAUUAUUAUUGUAUGCUGUUUCGUGGUGUGCGCGCGCGCGCUCGAGUGCAUAUAUUGUGUUUACCAUACAUCGUCAUUAUCAACGCGUAUCGCCCGAUUAUCAUUUCAUUACCAAUAAUAAUAAUAAUAAUAACAAUAUAAAAAAUAGUAUUAAAUAAUAAUACUAAUAAUAGUGUUUUCCGUUUUGAGUACGCCACCGUUGGUUAGUGUAACUUUGCAAAUCUCUCCGUUUGGUUUUUCGAUCAAAAAACUAGCACGCGCGGAACUGGUUUCGAGACAACACCGCCGACUACUACGACAGCAUAAUUGUAUUGCGCGUUUGCGAAAACGAAUUCCGCGGCGCGUACGCGAUUUGUGAAAUUUUCGUUCGUCACUGUUAUGACGGAUCGUCGUCUGACGAGAUCCCGAUCCUCCAAAAUCCGUUCCGGUCGUCCACGUUAACCCGGGAAUAGCGGUGGUCAAACAGUCAUUAAUUGCAAUAAAUCAAUGUCUUGUCACGGAUAGAUUGGAUCAAAUGAUCGUUAGCCAAUUGUUAAACAAACACUGGAGAAAUGGAUCACGGGUAUCAAAAUACUGGCAGAACUCAUUUUGGAACAACUCCUCAACAAUUGGUUACACACUCAUUUUGCGACAGAGCUUCACCAGUGUCACCCGUCACAAACUUUGGAAGUUACACUUCAUUUGUGCAACACAUAAAAGAUGACAGCAAUAUGAAUUCUUUACAACGAAAAGCGCAAGUGAAAUUAAAUGCCAUGCCAUGGUUUCAUGGAAAAAUAUCAAGAGAGAUGGCUGAAGAUUUGCUAACACCAAAAGAAAAUGGCCUAUUUCUGGUUAGAGAAUCUACUAAUUAUCCAGGAGAUUAUACACUUUGUGUUUGUUAUGUUGGUAAAGUGGAACAUUAUAGAGUAAAGUAUAAAGAUAAUCAACUUACAAUUGAUGAUGAAGAAUUUUUUGAAAAUCUAUCACAAUUAGUUGAACAUUAUCAAAAAGAUGCUGAUGGACUAUGUACACAAUUAACCAAGAGUUUACCUAAAAAAGGUAAACAAGAAUUUUGCAUAGAUACCAAAUCAUUUAUUGAUGCCGGUUGGGUUAUACAAGAACAGGAAUUACAGUUAAAUGAAACAAUUGGCAAAGGGGAAUUUGGUGAUGUAUUAUUGGGAGUGUAUAGAGGAGAAAAAGUAGCUGUUAAAAUGUUGAAAGACUCCAGCGUAGAAGCUCAAAAAUUCCUAACAGAAGCUUUACUUAUGACGUCUUUAAGGCAUGAAAAUUUGGUUGAACUUCUUGGCCUCGUAUUAAAUGAAAAACAUUUAUUAUUAGUUACUGAAUACAUGGGUAAAGGAAGUCUUGUUGAAUAUUUACGCUCAAGAGGAAGACUUCAUGUCACCAAAAAGGAUCAAAUUAAUUUUGCUGUUGACACAUGUAGCGGUAUGGAGUACUUAGAAUUUAGAAAGGUAGUGCAUAGAGAUUUAGCAGCUCGAAAUGUUUUGAUAUCAGAAGCUGGAGUAGCUAAAGUAGCAGAUUUUGGAUUGGCACGUGAAGAAAAUUAUAUUGUGGAUGCUGGGAAAUUACCUAUCAAGUGGACUGCCCCUGAAGCACUUAGACAAGGGGUGUUCUCAAAUAAAUCAGAUAUGUGGAGUUUUGGUGUUCUGUUAUGGGAAAUUUAUUCUUUUGGUCGAGUUCCUUACUCUAGAAUACCAUUAGUUGAUGUAGUAAAACAUGUAGAAAAAGGUUACCGUAUGGAAGCUCCUGAGUGUUGUCCUCCAGAAAUAUAUGAAAUCAUGAGACAAGCAUGGGAUUUAUUACCUGAUCGAAGACCAACGUUCAAAGAUGUAAAGACCAAACUAGCACAGUUAAAAGUUGUAACUAUUAACUAAGAGUUACAUUGACUAAUGUAAAAUAAUAUAUCUGUGCAUUAACUUUGUUAAUAUCUGUAUAGUAUCAAAUUUAAAUUAUAUUUUAUGAGCUAGUCUUUAUUUUAUCAAC